AUGACUAAGUCAUCAGUGCCUAAUCCCCAUGUGGCAAACGCUAAAAACGCAGCGGAAUCGCUUAAAUCCAUACUAAGAACAAACCCAUGGGAAGGAGCUGAUCAUCUGGAAAUAAUACCAGCGGCUACGGUGGCGUCACUACUCAUUGAUGUUGUAAUUUGCGUUGAGAAUAUUUGUCAAGCUGUUGACGAACUAGCAUCCCUUGCAAAAUUUGUGCCUUCCCAAUUACUUCAUCGAGGAACAGUGCAACCAGUUUCUGAGCAUGAUGGUUCGGCUCAUGUCAUCACCGUUACCGAUUGA